AUGUCGAAUAUAUCACCCGCUCAUAUUACAUGUCCAUCAGGCAAGCGUAAGGCGAAUGACGAUUCGUCCGCUCCCGCAAAAAAGCCCAAGAUUGCUAACGGCGACGCUGCCACCUCCGACGAAUUUGCACAGAGCAAGACGAUCUUCGUAGGCCGGCUUUCAUGGAACGUCGACAAUGACUGGCUCGCCCAGGAGUUCCAGGAGUGCGGCGAGGUUGUCUCUGCGCGCGUGCAGAUGGAUCGGAACACGGGCAGGUCGCGCGGGUUUGCAUACGUCGCGUUCACCACCGCCGAAGCUGUGGAGGCCGCGCUUAAGCUCAACGGAAAGGAGAUCGACGGCCGGCCAGUCAACAUUGACAGGAGCGCGGAGAAGGACCAGAGCACGAGGCGCGAUGCGCGCGCGAGUGCGUUCGGCGAUAAGGCGAGCCCGCCGUCGAGCACGCUAUUCCUCGGCAACCUCAGCUGGAACACCACGGAAGACCAGGUGUGGGAAAUAUUUGGUGAGUAUGGUGACGUGAAGAGCGUGCGUCUGCCGACGGAUCGCGAGACUGGCAAGCCUAAGGGUUUCGGCUAUGUCGAGUUCUUGGACAUCGAAUCUGCGAAGAAGGCGUUCGAGGGCGGUAGUGGGACUGAGAUCGACGGCAGGGCGGUCAGGAUCGAUUAUUCGCAACCGCGGGACCCUAACAGCGGCGGCCGCGGUGGAGGCCGAGGAGGGUUUGGUGGAGGUCGAGGAGGAGGAGGGUUUGGUGGAGGCCGCGGCGGCUUUGGUGACAGGGGUGGUCGUGGAGGCGGCCGUGUAAGUCACUUUCAUGCAUUUCUGCCGAUAUGGUAUUGA